UGUGACGUACCUGUCAGUACUCCCCUUGCCGACACCAGUCUUACCGGAUCAGCUGAUCGGUUAUGAUGUUCAGUAGGGAGAUCGCGGAGGCCACGCACGCGCUUUGCCGCGCGGGAGGAUCUCUGAGCUUCCCCGACCUACAGCGCGAGCUGCUGGAGAGCUGCAACACCAAAGAAAAAGAUUUUUUCUACAUCAUGAAGGGCUGCUCCCGCUUCCUGCUGGUCCCUGACCAGGCGGGGGUCUGCGGGGAUGGGCUGGAGGACUACACGGUGGUCGCGCGGACUUCACUGCGGCUGUGCGGCGCGUACAGCCGCGAGCGGUGCGCGGACGGCGAAGCCUGUCAACAGCUGCACCUGUGCAGGUUCUUCAUCACCGGAAACUGUAGGUUCGGCAAGGGCAGGAAGUCAUGUAAAUUCUCCCACAAUAUCCGAUCUUAUCACAACCAUCGAGUGCUGACUGAGUGCGAGCUGCACGAGCUCGACGAGACUCACCUGAGCCUGCUGUUGCUGCAGAAUGACCCCGAGCUGCUUCCCGAGGUGUGUUCUCACUAUAAUAAAGGCUUGGCUCCCCGCGGUGCCUGCACCUUCCAGGUGAGCUGCACCAAACUGCAUCUGUGUCAGUUCUUCGUUCAGGGCCACUGCGCGUUUGGGCUCCAGUGCAAACGGCAGCACGCCAUCGACCAACGUGGCCGCAGCAUGCUGGAGGAGCGAGGACUGAGCAGGAACCGGAUCGAGAAACUGCCAGUCAUCUACAGGAACAUGUACCACCUGAGCAACGCCCUCACAGAGAGAAAUGUGGAACCUUUGAAGAGAACAGACGAGAUCUGUCUGCACUUCAUCAGGAACAGCUGCAAGUACAAAAACGAGUGUUGCUCUGUUCACUUCCACCUGCCGUACAAGUGGCAGGUGUUUGACGGCGUCGCCUGGAUAAACCUGGAGGACAUGGAAGACAUCGAAAGGGAUUUCUGUGACCCUUCUAAGACUCAAAGCUCCAGCCGUCAGCCUGUCAACUUCCUGUCCAUGAAGCAGGGCUCAAAGCCCGUCCGCCGCCUCUCCACGGUGUCCUCGGUACUGAGGCCGCCGCACUAUGUCCUGACCACAGAGUGGCUGUGGUACUACAAGGGGGACCAUGGUGACUGGAUCGAGUACGGACAUCCGGAUGAAAAGCAGCGCACCACCUCAGUGACGUCUCAGUCUCUGGAGGUCUCGUUUCAGUCUGACCGGUCUGCUGAGGUCGAAGUGAAGAAAGGACACCGACAGUACGUCCUAACCUUCCAAGACAUGUACCAGAGGAACCCUAAAUACAAGACAAAGAGGAGAGUUCGUCGCCGCCCUCGCUUCGUAUCGGUGGCGGCGGUGCAGCCUGAAUUCUCCAGAGCACUGCCACCUUCUGUGGGCGGAGCUUAUCUUUCACUUGCAACAGGUCACUUUCUGACUUCGAGUCUUUAAUGUAGAGACGAGUCUGAGGAUGGAGGCUGAAGUUUUCUGCAGGUGUCCAAAUCUGUAGUCCAUAAUGCAAACACAAGCUAAUGUUAGCUAACGUGUCUAUUUACUGCACAUACAUUUUUAUUAUUAUUAUUAUUCAUUUUCAUCUUACUGAACUUUUUCUUGAUUGUGUAAAGAAUUCUUGUUUCUGAAUGUUUCAUUUACAAAUUCUGACAUCAACAAGGCGAGAAGACGAGCACUUCACUGUAAAUCAGAAAUAUUUACUGUAAAAACUACAACUCCCAUGACUGAGAUGUAGUUUUAACUCUGAACUGAGACAACACAUUCAGACAAGAAAUUUUCCUAUUUUGUAAAUGUAGUAUUUAAAGUAAAGUAAGAAAACAUGGGGAAGAGGAUUUUGCAGAAGAUGUGACCUUUAAGAAAAAUAAAGAAUUUAUCUUUGUGAAAAGUUUAAGACAAAAUUUUAACUUUUAUAGAAGAUUUAUCAAACAUUAUGAAAUGUAUUUUUUUUCCUUUUUACCUUUCGGAGAGCUGAAGUGUUUAUAAGUUUAUAUAAUUAUAUUCAUGUUACAUGUAUUCAAAGGCCUUUUAUUAAAACAUGAUACUGUAUUUUAUUCACUUAUUUACUGUUACAUGAAAAUAAACUUCAUUUGUUUAAAGUG